UGCCAGUCGUGUUACCAAACACCACAGGUUUCUUAUUCACAUACCGCAUACCGCGUUUGAACAGAGCCUCCCUGCGGCAUAGCCUCCUUCAAAAUGCUGCGCGGAUAAUCAAAAGUGCGUUGUCCCGCGGAUCACUUGGUCUGCUGAUGGAUUCACCUUCUGAUCGCGCCAUCCUGGACUGAGGCCCUUCUACCUCAUUCAAGGUAUGCACCAUGGCACUUCUGCAGAAUGAAGAUUUUGCCAUCUGGUUUCUGCGCACAUCUUACCUGGGAAGUGCGAAAGAUGGCACUGCGGAGCGACUCAUCAAUGUGAACUCAUCAAUCUUAAACACUCCUGGUUUUCGCGCAGCAGGCUGGUCAGCGGAUCCCGUUCACCGGACAUACUCUCCACCCAUUCCGACUUCGAUCAACAGCGAGUAUCUCAAGGAAGGCGCCGACCUGCAGCAAAUAAACUCCCAAGCUGACGAAGACGAUGAAGGUGGUCUCGUCACUGGCAGGACUAGCAACGACACCAUUGGCCCCGGCUUGAACAUUAGGCGAAGAAGAAAGAAGGAGCAUGUCGAGGAUGACGAUAGUAGCGACCUCACCGACGAGUCAGACGAGGAGGCUGACGGUGCGCAACGUGCGGCACAGCAAAUUCGCUUUGCAAAGAUGCCCUCCCGUCAUCGGGCCGACUCUUCUCCAAUCCGCGGAUCAGAUGUAGACGGAGAAAGGACAUCCCCAUUGAAAGGUCCGACCGACAACAGGCGCCGAACGGGAUCUCUUGGUGCGGUUGAGGCCGUCAAAGCUCGUGCCAGGCGGGAUACCACCACGAGCAGCGAUAUGUCCUCGGAGAAUGAAGUCGAUCCAGCCUAUUUCCAGCGUCGUCAGGUCCAUGCAGGCCAGAGGUCUAAGUCUGCACCUCACCCCAAUGAAGUUCAGUUGAGGGCCGACGCACUACCGGGUCAGCCAGGAGAUGUGCAGGAUGACUCUGAUGCGGAAUCUGUCGGAUCUGCCAUGUCUUCAGAACUAGGCGACACCAUGGACUCUGCGUCCCUUCUCAACACCAUGGAAGAAACAAAUCUUACAUCUACACCACCCACGCUUGGUAGUCUGACUGGCUCAGGCUCUCGUUCAUCUCAACCAGAAUCGCCUAAAAGACAGCGGACGUUGCCGAUCCUGCAUGAGCUACCGCCUCCUCGACCUAUUAGUAUGAUACAGCCCAAGAGCUUGCUUACAGCGGCCCUCGGUGCACAGAAAAGGGCACCGAGCAACCCCGUGCAGGCAUUUGCCGGCCUCUCUGGUAAAGGGACCCCUAACCCACUUUGGAUCAAGGUAUACACGCCCUUUGCCAAUGACGGCGACGAACCUUUCGAGAUGCCGCUGGCUCGGAACUCUAAGGAUGGUAGUCUGGUCAUCGUUGCCGAAGCGAUCGGUCACGCUCUGUGGAGAUAUUGCGAGGAAAAGCGGGAGCCUCCUCUUAGGCCUGAACAGCUCGAUGUCAAUAAGUGGACACUACGAAUGGUGGAAGAUGGAGAGGUGGAUGAUGAUUUCCCACCGCUUGUUCGUACGAGGCCCGUGGCGGACUUUACGUACAACAACAACAGAGGCGGUAGAGGUCGUGCAAGAGAUCGUCCAUUUGAUGAGUUUGCUCUUGUUGAAGCUUCUGCCGCUCAGUAUGAAGCGAACAAGAAAGAAACGCCUCAGUUUAUACCAGAAGCAGCGGCAGAAAUUGGUCCUGUCGCCACGCUCGAUGGAGCUCCAUCACAGCCUCAGGCACCACCGCUUCCCGCGUCAAAGGCACCACCAUCGCGAACCAACAUUCUCUUGGCUGGCCAGCCGUUCACCUCUGCGCUCAGCAACACGUCCUUGACGCCUGCAGAUCUUCCAGCGCCAGCCGCGCCGCAGGCCACUCCGCGCAUGGGCGCCACCAAGACGAUCAGGAUACGGUAUCUGAACCUCGAGAUGACCGCGCAGACCAUGACCAUGGAGAUCUCGACGGACGGCUACAUUGCCGAGAUCCUAGACCAUGUCUGCAAGAGAUGGAAUCUUGAGAAGGCUGGGUUUGUGCUUAAAGUGGCGGGGACAAAUACCGUUGCGCCCCUGGAUCGCACCGUGGAAGCUCUAGGCGCACGAUCCGAGCUGGACCUCGUGCGCCGAAGGUUCGGGGCUGGCGCCAGUUUGACGGGCUCGCCGGGCAGCUCUUCGCCCAACGCGCCCCUUUUGCUCGACAUCCAAGGUCCUAAGAAGGGCAAGAGAGGCCAGCCCCUCCAUCCCCUGGCGCAGAAACAGGACCUGUUGUCGAGUGCCAGCAACUUCAAGAAAUACUAUGUCACGCGGAAACAGUUGGGCGGCUUUGCUCAAGGGAGUCAGAGGGUUCUUGUGUUUGAUGGCGACAUCAUACAUGUCAUGCCGGCAGACACAAGCUCCAACGCCAAAUUUAGUUCGAUUGCAUUCAACGAUAUCUUGAAGUGCAAGGUCAGCUCGAAGCACCCCAAGCUUGUUCGAAUCGUGGUGCGACGAAUCAACGAGUCAAAACGAUAUGAUUUCGAGGCGCGUACGGCGGGGGAAGCGCAGGAGAUUGUGGACGAGGUGACACGGGAAAUGCGGUUGGCUCGAGCAUAAGGGAAAUGUAUCUCGCUGGGUGUGUAUUGAGUCACGCAGAACAUUAUCUACCUCGCUGUUAUAUCGGCACCCUCUGCACGAUGUGAGCCCCUAGCGACCUACAUAGACACCGACACCAUCGAGUACAGGUGGAAUUAUGUCACUCGGAGAUAGCGGCCAGAUGCGGUGGUGGCGCGGUUCCCGGGCCCCGGCAAGCCUCGGCUGGGUCGGUCUAGUGCCUAGCGGGCUACUAACCUGUUACCGCACCUGGUACCUCUGGUGCCUCUCUCUACGACAUACGUAAGGAGGGGUUGUUCCAGCACCACGGAUGACACUAGUGAACGGUGACAUACGUGGCUGAGGGGGAUGAGGUGAGUGGGCAGAACAGGGAACUGAGAACAGAUGGAUGGCUAUCUGCUUGUAGUAGUGAACAGCACUGAGGGGAGAGACAAACCUAGGUGGCUGUUAGAGGAGUCUAACUACCUGCCUGCGUACGAGUAGACAAUCG